AUGGAUGAGAAGUCCAGCAAGCUGAUCCUGGUUCCUAUCCUGGCCGUGCUUUUUGUCACCAUAGGUUACCAGUACAUAUGUCCCACCGGAAGCCGUUCGUGCCCCCUGAAAGCCGGCGACGCGCAGCGGGGGGUGAGCCUGCUCACCGCUCGCUACCUCCAGGACGCGGACGACUUCGACCGGGACCAGGACCUGGAGGACGACGCGCCGCCGAGGGCGCCGUUCAAAUUCAACUUCACCGAGCGGGACUUGGACCGACGCGUCGGGUUCCACGUCGAGGGGGACGACGUGAUCGUCUUCCUGCACAUCCAGAAGACGGGCGGCACCACCUUCGGCCGGCACCUGGUGAGGAAUAUCCGCUUGGAGCAGCCGUGCGACUGCAAGCCCGGCCAGAAGAAGUGCACCUGUCACCGGCCCGGGAAGGACGAGUCGUGGCUCUUCUCCCGCUUCUCGACCGGGUGGAGCUGCGGAUUGCAUGCGGACUGGACCGAGCUGACCAACUGCGUGCCCGUCAUCAUGGAUAAGAAGGACGUCCAGAGAAACACCAGGAACUUCUACUACAUCACCAUGCUGCGUGACCCGGUCUCCCGCUACCUGAGCGAGUGGAAGCACGUCCAGCGCGGCGCCACGUGGAAGACCGCCCUGCACAUGUGCGACGGGCGCUCGCCCACCCAAGACGAGCUGCCCACCUGCUACAGCGGGGAGGACUGGUCCGGCGUGGCCCUGACGGAGUUCAUGAACUGCCCGUCCAACCUGGCCAACAACCGGCAGGUGCGCAUGCUGUCCGACCUGAGCCUGGUGGGCUGCUACAACCUGUCGUCCAUGAACGAGAGCCAGCGCGACCACAUCCUCCUGAGCAGCGCCAUGAGCAACCUGAAGAACAUGGCCUUCUACGGCCUGACUGAGUUCCAGCGCAAAACGCAGUACCUGUUCGAGCGGACGUUCAGCCUGCGCUUCAUCUCGCCCUUCACACAGAUCAACAGCACGCGCGCCGCCAACGUGGACCUGAGCGAGGCCGUGCGCCGGCGCAUCGAGGAGCUCAACUUCCUGGACGUGCAGCUGUACGACUACGCCAAGGACCUCUUCCUGCAGCGUUUCCAGUCCAGCCGCCAGAGGGAGCACCAGGAGGUGCGCUUAAGGAGGCGCGAGGAGAGGCGAUGGAUGCGCGAGCGGCAGGCCUGGCCGCGGUCGGCCAAGCGCAGGGGCGGAGCUUAUAAAAACGAGCUGGCGAAAGAGGCCGACAGCGACUUUCCGAGCACCACCGAGGACUACACGAGCCAAGUGGCUCGCUGGUGA